AUGAAAUCUUCUGACAGAGCCCUUCAAGAACUUAAGCUUUUCCAUACAAUCGAUCGCAACAUAUAUUCUCGACUGUUGAAGGGGUUAGGUUUUGACCCUAUCCUAUCCAAGUAUAUCGUAGCCCUUUGGCACACGCUUGAAAGACAAAGUAUUGGCCAGAAAUUUAUGGUGAAUACCUUAUUUUUGCACGAUCCAUUCUUCAAUGACUUGGCAAACGAGUCUUUUGAGUUACUGAAACGUUUGUAUUCAGAUUGCGUUCAUCCUCCAUUCGAGGACACCGAUAGCCAGUUUCUGAAACUGCGUCUUCUUGUUCCGGUAAAAGUUUCACUAAGUUCUGUGUUUAACAAGGAACACACCAAGCAAAUCAUGGAGGACUUUGUGAACGAAGUGUCCCAAGAAGCAUGUGAAGAAAGACAUGAUCGGCACCAGCCUAAUGCUGACAAGAAUGAAAUAACUUUGUUCUUGACCUUCUCAAGGGGCCAUCCUGUUUCAGAAGAACUCAGAGGCUUCUUUACAAGGAAAUUUGGAGAGUGUAUAGAAGCAAUAUGUAUGGGAGCAGAGGAGCGAAAUUCGCAGCCACUGUUUGCUCGUGGUGUUGUUAAGUCUUCCUCAGACAUCACAAAAAUUCUUGUUGGCGUAGACGACAGCGGCAAAGUCAAAUUCUCAAUUCAUGGGAAAGAUGUUAUCGUCAGACGCUUCUUUCCAAGACAAAACAAGUAG